ACUAAAAACCCUCUCCUUGGGCGCUUGUUCUCGUCUCCAACCUUUCCCCCUCGCCACCUCAACGAACGUAAACGAACGCGAAUCUCAAGCGCAAUGGGGUUGAACAGAUUCAUCUCUCUCAACCAUUUCCUCAAACACAUGGGUUCCAACUCCGUGAGGCAUCGUAGCUCUGUUGCUGCGAAGGGCGCUUCGAUCGUUGGGGUUAAGGACAUCAUCGCCGUCGCCUCCGGGAAAGGCGGCGUUGGGAAGUCCACAACCGCAGUUAAUUUAUCUGUUGCUCUUGCUAAGGCAUGCCAAAUGAAGGUGGGAUUACUGGAUGCUGAUAUAUAUGGGCCAUCAAUACCUACAAUGAUGAAUCUCCAUGAAAAGCCUGAAGUGGAUCGAGAUAUGAAGAUGAUUCCUAUUGAGAACCAUGGAGUUCGAUGUAUGUCCAUUGGAUUUCUUGUGGGCAAGGAUGCUCCAAUAGUUUGGAGAGGUCCUAUGGUAAUGAGUGCUAUUGAGAAGUUAACAAGGGGUGUUGCAUGGGGUGACCUAGAUAUUCUUGUUGUUGAUAUGCCUCCAGGCACCGGCGAUGCUCAGCUUUCUAUAUCUCAGAGACUUCAAUUAUCUGGUGCUCUUAUUGUUUCAACUCCACAAGAUAUUGCACUAAUUGAUGCUCGAAGAGGAGCAAACAUGUUUCGUAAAGUUCAAGUUCCUAUUUUGGGAGUAGUGGAGAACAUGAGCUGCUUUGAAUGCCCAAACUGCGGCACAAAAUCAUACAUAUUUGGACAAGGGGGAGCGCAACGAACUGCCGAAGAGAUGGACAUGAAGUUCCUUGGUGAGAUUCCUCUUGAGCUAGAUAUCAGGAGUAGUUCUGAUGAAGGCAAUCCAAUCGUCGUAGCAUCUCCUCAUUCUGCUUCUGCAAAAGCAUACACCAGUGUGGCUGAGAAAGUGACGGAGAGGCUCAAGGAGUUGGCCGAGGAACGGGCAAUGGGCCCGCAGAUCUCGUUGUAGAAUUCAUCAGCUUUUAUCUUCUCUUCUUACUCAAAAAAUAGGCACCAAAGGCAUGCUAAUCAGGUUCAGGGUCUGUUUUUCCCUCUCUCAAUCGUAUUACAGCAGUUCUCUUAA